CAAAACAAAAGCUCCACAUUUCAACGAGGAGGCGCUCGUGGCUUUUAUAUUUUUUGUAAACCAAAACGGAUUCGAGUCAUUAGUUUUCCUUCGCAAAAUAUAGUAAUUCACGACAACAUUGCGACAGGUUGGCACCAUGCCUAGCAGCACGUCUUUGCUGGAUGCAGACGAGGGAGACUCUGAGGUCCCACCGCCGCUAGUGCAUGCUUUCGCCGGUAUGGGCCUCGACGAGCACCACGGCGUCCAAAGUCAGAGCCCCGAACAAACAACCGAGAGCCUCCCCUUUCACCACCAAUUGCCACCGGUCUCCCGUUUCAGCCUCCUGGGUACGGUACUAAACUUAAAGCCACUCCAUCGGCCGCCCUCGGGAGAAGAGACCGCAGCGCCUGAAGACCAGGAGCAAGACGCCGACGCCGACCGCACCGGUGGCUCGUUGCUAGUACAGGCCCACCGCCAGCAGCGCCUGUCGUCGGGAUCGGCUGGUUCCGCGUUGCCGCCUGGAAUGGAACCGCCGCCGGUCGAGGCGGUCUUGUUGUUCACCGACGACGAGCAGGACGAUGCCGGUGUGUGUGGCGGCGCCCUGCCGGCGGCCAGCGACAUGACAAUGCUGCCGUCGGGCUUGUAUGGAGACCCGAGUUAUGAGGCCGGGUCCUCGCUGUUGACUCGGCGAAAGAGUGUCAACACGACCGAGUGCGUGGCCGUGCCAAGCUCCGAGCACGUCGCCGAGAUCGUGGGCAGGCAGGGCUGUAAGAUUAAGGCACUCCGAGCCAAGACCAACACCUACAUUAAGACACCAGUGAGGGGUGAGCAGCCUGUCUUUGUUGUCACGGGACGCAAGGAAGAUGUGGCCAUGGCUAAGAGAGAGAUCUUGUCUGCAGCUGAGCACUUUUCUCUCAUUAGAGCUUCGCGAAACAAGGCAGGCCCUCUGUCAGCUGUAACUGGUCCUGGGACUCACGCUCUCCCUGGACAGACAACCAUUCAGGUGCGAGUGCCAUAUCGUGUUGUUGGGCUGGUCGUUGGUCCUAAAGGUGCAACCAUAAAACGCAUUCAGCAGCAGACACACACCUACAUCGUGACCCCAAGUCGUGACAAAGAGCCAGUGUUCGAGGUCACCGGUAUGCCUGAGAAUGUAGACCGGGCAAGGGAGGAGAUCGAGGCACACAUUGCCCUACGCACUGGAUCUUGUGGGGGUAUUGAGGCUCCUGGUGUAGACAACAAUGACUUUCAAUUUAAUGGAACAGAUGUAAGCUUUGAGGGAACGACAGCAGCCGUCAGCUUGCGGGAGGGUGGGUGGAUUCAAGCGGGUUCAUCAUCACCAAGUGGUGGCAGCUUAUUGCCAGUGAGCAUCAACGGUACUCAGCGAAUCAACAGCAAUAUUAACACCAGUGUUCGAAUGUCUUCCACCUACCGGAAUGACAGCUCCAGCUCCCUUGGUAGCGGCUCCAGUUCUGCUGACUCAUUCUACAGCAGUGGGAAUGGUAACCGAACGGCAGAUUUCAGUCAGAGCGGCCCGUUCAAUGCCAAUGCCAACAACAAUAAUAGUAACUGCAGUGGGAGUUUCUGGUUUGGUGAGAAUCUUCUUCCUGUAGGGACUGAUGACCUGGUCACCUUAGGAGGUGGAGGUUUCUCCUCAGGAUUUGAUCCCUUAACCAUCUCAACUGCUCAAGCCUCGCAUCCUGUUGCACAGCCCCAGAUCUGGAGCCCCUUUGUGGACCACCCAACUCUUCAGGCCUUUGACGCUCGUCAGAAUCAGACCAGUCAACCUGGGACUCCCCGGCUCUCUCCAACUUUCUCUGUGACCGAAGCGUUGGAACACCCUCAGGCCCAGCGCGUUCACCGUGAGCGUGUUUGUUCAGCCGGGGCCAUUGAUUCCCACAGAUUUCCCACCUACUCAUCAGCCUUCUCCUCUUCCAGUGAAAGCACCACCUCCUCUUCCUCCCCUCCUGAAUCAUCCUUUUCCUUCCGCCCUGGAUAAUCGGCGGGGAGAGGGCAGGAGAUAUGCAUCCACUGUAUGGAUAACCAGGUGAUUGCUGCCUUGGUUCCCUGUGGCCAUAACCACUUCUGUCUCGAUUGUGCCACCCAGAUUUGCCAGGGUCCAGAUGCAGCGUGCCCUGUGUGCCAGUCCCCAGUCACACAGGCCAUACAGCUCCGAAACAUUUAAAGUUUUUUUGUUUGUUUGUUUGUUUGUUUUUAUCACGCUUACACCUUGAUGCAGGAUGAGGAUCUAGGCUCUCUAAAACUUCCAAACCCCAAAUUUGCGUGAAAAACAUCCUAAAUCAGGUGUUGGUGUAACCUCACUCUUGUUUUGGCCCAGAUGGUGUGUGAUUGACAAAGUAUUUGAAUAAGAAAUAUCUGUAUUUUGGGCACAGGUGAGUUUUUAGCCCGUUGAUGUGCCUGCUUAUUGUAAAGUCUUCUUCCUUGAGUGAUUGAUCAAUGGAGGGUUGGAAACCUUCUUUGUAGCAUCGGGUAGGGCCGUAUUUUAUUUUUCCAUCAGAGUUACCUAUUUAGUUUUUGACUAUAUUUUUAAAUUGUGUCAAUUUACAUGAUUGUUGGAUACAUUUUGUUGGCUUUUGGGCCAAUAUUUUGUUCUAUGUCUGUUUUUUUUUAACCUUUCUUUUAAUUUGCUGCCAGAGUUGUUUCUGAGCUGAAUUUGUAGCCCCGUCCCUUUGCAUCUGUCUUUGCAGUUGGUUUAGGAAGAAGUGAGCAUGUUUAUACAUGCUGAGCCCUGUAUAUAAAUAUGAACAAACUAACAGUAUUGUCAUGACUAGAUGAUUGCAAGAGAAUUUAAUUGACUUUAAGUGCUUGCAGUAAAUUUGAUAUAAUGUACACAGGCAACAUUUUCCUGGAAAAAUCGCUGACAACCCUGAUAGUUUUAUUGCCAUAUACAUUCAAGCCCGUAAAGCGUAUCCAUUCUUUUAAAUGGCAUGAUGUUUACAUGCUCCCGUGUACAAAUACUCAUGCGCAUGUGCGCACAGACACCCUCAGAGGGUUUUAAUGCCAAGUGGGAUGAACCCACUGGUACAUUGGCAUCACUCCAACAGUGAAGUUUUUGUCUCUGUUGCCCAAAUCAGAACCAAUUCCGGCUUAUGAAGUACUGGGAUGUUAUGCCACUUCAGUAUUGCCACAUUGCCCGUUCCAUUGCCAGUUGAAAAACUGUUUACUGUAAAACUGUGCCUAAUUCCCUUCCCAUUUAAAAACAAUAGAAACAUCCGGUUCAGUGGGCAUAGUGUUGCUGUCUUAAACUUGUGGCCUUUUUGGAAAGCCUAUAAUUAACUGAAAACAACACUUUGCAAGGUAAGACCUUUGCUCAAAAUAGAUUAAACUGUCAAACUGAAGAGAUGCCCCUAAACUUGGAUAUUUGUUUUUCCCUAUUUCUUUACAGCGAUCGUUUAUAUAUUUCUCUUGUGAAACACUCCCAUUUACUCUCUUUUCUAACUCUCCCUCACUUUGUAUGACAUUUUACAUUUUUAUUUUAUAUCUUAAUCUCAUCCCUGUGGAGAAACCCAUAUUCUGUUUUGUUUUUUUUUAGCCAGAAAGCAGAAAGAUGUGCACAACUUGUGCUUUUAGUAACAUUCCUCAUCCUGUGAAAUGCAUUCGCUUGAAUAGGUUACAGAAUUCUACUAGUUGUUGAUUGACACUAAAACCUCAUCUGAGAAACCUUAGAGCUGACAGUGUAUGAAACCGUAGGCUGACUCCUGGAAGAAUUCUCUGUACUGUACAUUCAGGCUGCGGUCGUUUCAGCCAUUUAAAGAGUAUCCUUUGACUUGAAUGUUAUUGCUUCAACCUGAGGCCAUCGUCUCACAGCCAUGCCAUGUCCUGGUUGAUGUUCAGUCAAAAACUUUUCAUUGUGAUGCAAAAUUGAGUAGGUGGUCACCUCUGGCUUUACUCUGUAUUUAUUUAAUUCAAUGUCCUAGCUACUAGGCCUAUGCAAAAAUGAUUUUAGCAUAUUAUAUGCUUAUAACUUAACAUUCUGCUUUUAAUUCCAGAGUUCAAACAGGCUCAAAACCUGUAGAUUUUUUUUCUUUUUCCUGCUGCAUAUCAGUCAGACUUGAGUCAAAAUCCAGUAUGUUUUUUUUUUUGUUUUUUUUUAGUUUGUUUUGAAAUGGUACACAUUUGGUCUCAUUUUUCCUGAUCUCAUUCUCUGUCAAGUGUCCCAUUUGCCUUUUGCAUAUCUUAUCACACUAUUGACUGCUCCGAUUCAGAAGAUUCAGUUCUUACACCCUUCAAAAUGUGCUUAUAUCUGCUUUUUGUGGACUGGAAAGAAAAGCAAAGGUACAACACAGUGGAAGCCAUCUCAAAUCUUAGCUUUAAACAUCAGUGUCUUUAGACAGGAUGAAUGAGUUGAUCAACAUUUCAGAGGGGAAGAAGCAGGAAUGCUGUCACCUUGGACUGUGCACUGCACAAGGUCAAUACUGUUUUACUGUGUGGACAUUGGACUACAGUUCCACUUGCAUUCCAGUUGUAACUGGGGGUCAAAUAGUAUUUGAAAGUAAUUUUACAGCUUUGCUUCAUAAACAGUGUCUUUCUCUUAUAAAAUAUGAUUGAGAUCUCUUGAGGAAAUGGAACCAAACAAGUCCCAAUUGUGCAAAAAAAAAAAAAAAAC